UCGUUGACUAUGCGCACCCGUCGGGAAGUUAAGGGUGAGCUGUCAGUCGGUGUUGGAGCUGUGAGAGAGGAAGGUCGUUGUUGUGGUCACUCGUCGCUAUGAAGGCUUUCCUCGCUCUAUUGGCUCUUAUGGUGGCAGCCGCUGCUGGCGAAACCUGCACAGGAGCGCAGGUAGAAGCAGUGGGCUUUACUUCCCAGGAUGCCACCAUUGUAACAAAGAUUGCAUACAUUGCUGAUUUCACCCUCUCAUGUUCUAAUGGUGCAAAAGACAUUUCUCUGUAUGCUGAAACUGUUGAUGGCAUCGUUGGAGUUGCUCGCUCAGUUGAUGGUGUCAAGUACCAAGUGAGCUGGGUUGAGGAUGCAGCCACUGCAGCAUCUGGUGAGCGCCCCAUCAAGCUCUAUGAUGAGCAAGGUUAUGCUGCUCUCAGGAAGGCUCAACGAGGGAACGAGGACACAUCAACUGUACAAGCAAUUGCUACCAUCAAUCUUUAUCAUCCAGGUGCUUACCGAGGCCCUUGGGUCCAAUCAGAGACCAUGGCUAUUGUUGCUGCUAUCUUCAUAUACUAUUAUGCUCUCACACAAAAGACUAGGCUAAUGGCUUAGGUUGUAAAAAAAAUGUUAUAUAAAUGAUGUGAAUAAUCUUUAUUUCUAGAUCAUGUUCUAGUAAGGAUGUGUGUGAAUGGGAUGUAUGAUUUAAAGAUAUUUUGUACGUAAAUAUAAACAUUGUUGUGAGAUAUGUUGAGAUGGUAAUAAAUUCUCAUAUUAAACACUUAAA